UUGUCAGCGCCAUUAUCACACCGAACGUGUAUCCCAGUGAAUAUAGUGCACUUCACGGUUCUCACAGAACACUUCACUUUUGAAUUUUUUUGAUUUUUAUAAUUGAAUAAUCAAAAGUCGCAUGCCAAGAAUAUUGAUUAUAACCUGGAAGCAUUCCGUGAGCACGGAGUGAUGAACAUUUAUCUGGGAAGAACUAACGGAAAAAAGUGCACAAAUCAAUAUCUACAAGCCUUUCGCGAUUUGUUUUGUUUAGUGAAAGUAUAGCAGUUUUCAAUUUAACAGUUGAUAACCUUCGAAGUUUACAUAAUUUCAUAACUAAGUUCACCUACGAGAUUUUCAAAGUUAUCUGAUAAAGUUAGAAAACAAAAAUAGAAGAUUUUAUCGUUAGUCUAAAUUCAGUCUAUAAAGGAAAAAGUGUAUCAUCUUGGCAAUCGAUUGAUUUGAAUUGUGUGUUAUGGUGGAACAAAAGACGAUUCUGUGUUACUGAGGCUGGAUAUUUCAAGAGGCUUUGGAAAGAAUAGCAGCAAUUAUUAAAUUGAGAAGCUCGAGAAGAAAGAAUAAUAAUCAAUUUCAAGUGGACGAGUCCUUGGAGCAUAUGAAAUAGUGAUACAGAGAUUGGGACAGAUAGAUGUAAGUGUGGUUACAUAAUCAAAAAAUUGACAACACAUUGUUUUUGUUACGUGAAAACCAAUAUCAUCAGAUUAAGUGAAAUAGUGUAGCAUUCAAUAGGCAGUUAAUCGUGAAUCAGUUUUAACAUAGUUUGAAGUGUAGUGAUGAAGAAAUCGAGUUCAGAGCAACAAUAUCGUUGGAAUUAUGUUCAAAUCACAAGAAUCCAGCUAGACUUUUAGGAUUAGUUCCAGUUGCCGAAGCGCUUAUGAGGGUCGAACUUUCUUAAAAUGCCAUUUAAAAAAAUUCAACGAAGAGUUAGUGGACCGGGAGCCUAUUGCAAUAAUUAUCUGCAAAACAGCCAGGAAAACUCGGAGUUUCUACAACUUUAUCAAAAUCAGCUGCAUCAGUCUUCAGUGAACGUUGGAUAUAGUAACAUAGUUUACGGUAGUAACACUAGUGCCCAACAAGGUACAACAAAAUGUGGCUCCGCGACAACAACACUAGCAGAUAAACCAGGGCUCCCAGAGCCUGAGUUGGCGAAUCCUGCAUACAACAACUUGGACAAAGCGUCAUCAGUACCAGAUGAAAAUAAUUUAAAUUUUAAUCUCGUCAAAAAUAGUGCUAAAUCUUUAUCAGCAAAUAACUGUAGUGGUGUUCAUAAAAGCGUUGUAUCAAGUGCUGCCGGUACUAGUGCGGGAAAUGGAAGUGGUGACUAUCAAUCAAAGUAUUACAAGAGUGAUAAUAGCAACAAUUUGAACACGCCCACAGCGAGUAACGUGUCGGAACAUCAGCACAUGCUGAGUGAAUCAAAUGACAAUUCGAACAAUAGUGUAAGAAAUUCACCACUGUUUAAUGGAUGUAAAAGUGUUCUGCAACAAGCACAUUCAUUGAAUAACUCAAACAAGCCUUCAUUAAGCAAAAAUGCAUUGCUAAGCUCGUGCCAGGGAUCGUUCCAUUCUUUACAGGGUGGUCUUAGCUCAGACAACAGCACAUUUGUGCAGCCGUACGGUAGUAGUAUAUCUUCGACUAAUUCAUCGUCAAAUACGACAGCGGUUGCAAGUUCACAGCAACAGUCUAGUAGUUUAGCUCAGUUUCAUCAACAACAACUCUCUCAACAUCGGCAAGGCUGUUCUAUAACACCAGCUGAAUCUAUAAAUGGUAGCGGAACACUAGUUUUUAGUAGAUCAAGGAUUAACAGUAAUAGUGAUUCAUCUAAUAAUAAGAACAUCAACUUUAACAAACUUAACUACGACAAGAAAUGCUCGAGUUCUGGUGCUAAUAUAAAUAUACAUAGUAAUAACCGUAACAAAAGCAAUAACAAUAGUAACACAAUAAACAUUAGCAGUAGUAGUAGCAGUAAUCAUCAAAGUGAAACCAAUCAAUUGAAGAGUAUUAUCGAAUUGAAUACACAAGUUAGUGAAUUGAAUAGUAAAAAUAUUGAGUUCAACAGACAAUUAAGUGCACCUACUGAGAACAACAAUAAUCAAAACAACCCUAAUUGCUACAGCAACAGUGUGUACAAUCUAUAUUCCAAUCAUAUAUUGAGUCAAUACUACACUGGUUCGCCGAACACGAACAGUCUUAAUCGAACGAAAAAGAAGAGAAGCUUCAAACUGAACGGAAGACUAUUCAACGCUGCUAGCACUGAUUCCAUCAGGUUUCAUUCGAAUCUUCUGAAUCAAAAUGAAAACGAUUUGAGGGUAUCGAUUGAUAACACUUGUACAGACUCCCUAGUGACAGCAUUAGAUGACGAAGCAUUGUUGAUCAAUGAUUACAUAAACGAUAUGGCAAAAUCCAAGGUACAUUUUGACGAUGUUUCGCUUUACGGAACACCAAAAGAAGAGCCACUUCCGAGCAUACCACCGUCUACUGAAAAACCAUCAUCGAAUUUUUUGAAAAACCAGCUUCAAGCAUGGUUUCAACCAACAGACAAUCGACUUGCCAUGAAACUUUUCGGAAGUAAAAAGGCUCUUGUGAAAGAAAGGAUUCGACAGAAAACAUCCGGUCAUUGGGUGAUCCAUCCCUGCAGUUCAUUUAGGUUUUACUGGGACUUGUGUAUGUUACUACUACUAGUAGCCAAUCUGAUUAUAUUGCCUGUUGCCAUAUCUUUUUUCAAUGAUGACCUCAGCACUAGAUGGAUUGCCUUCAAUUGCUUAAGUGAUACGAUAUUUUUGGUUGACAUUGUAGUCAAUUUUAGAACAGGCAUUAUGCAACAAGAUAACGCCGAACAAGUGAUAUUAGAUCCUAAGCUUAUCGCAAAACACUAUUUGAAAACAUGGUUUUUUCUCGACCUUAUUUCAUCGAUACCUCUAGACUAUAUUUUCCUCAUAUUCAAUCAGAUUCAAAAAAAUAAUCAGGAUUUCUCCGAUUCAUUUCAAAUACUCCACGCUGGCAGGGCAUUGCGAAUACUUAGGCUAGCCAAAUUAUUAUCUUUGGUGAGGUUACUACGGUUGUCCCGGUUGGUUCGAUACGUUUCACAAUGGGAAGAAGUAUAUAUCCUACAAAAUCUCCAAAAAAAACAUUCAGAUCGAAGAGGAAGAUCUUUUCAAAAAGAAAAGGCGGGCUUUUCUAAAAGCAAUCUUAUUUUUAAGUUCCUGAAUAUGGCUUCCGUUUUUAUGCGGAUAUUCAAUCUCAUCUGUAUGAUGCUAUUGAUAGGACAUUGGAGUGGAUGUUUACAGUUUUUAGUUCCUAUGCUUCAAGGAUUUCCAUCAAAUUCAUGGGUAGCAAUUAACGAGUUACAGGAGGCCUAUUGGUUGGAACAGUACUCCUGGGCAUUAUUCAAAGCGAUGUCCCAUAUGCUUUGCAUAGGCUACGGAAGGUUUCCUCCACAAUCCUUGACCGACAUGUGGUUAACAAUGUUAUCCAUGAUAUCUGGAGCAACUUGCUAUGCGUUGUUCCUUGGACAUGCAACAAAUCUAAUUCAAAGCUUGGAUUCAAGCAGACGUCAAUAUCGGGAAAAGGUCAAGCAAGUUGAAGAAUACAUGGCAUACAGAAAACUUCCAAGAGAUAUGAGGCAAAGGAUAACCGAAUACUUUGAACAUCGAUAUCAAGGCAAGUUCUUCGACGAGGAAUGCAUCUUAGGAGAGCUAAGUGAAAAACUAAGAGAAGAUGUGAUAAACUACAACUGUAGGUCUUUGGUUGCUUCAGUGCCUUUUUUUGCCAAUGCUGACUCUAAUUUUGUAUCAGAUGUAGUAACUAAAUUAAGAUACGAAGUAUUUCAACCUGGUGAUAUUGUAAUUAAGGAGGGAACAAUAGGAUCAAAAAUGUAUUUUAUCCAAGAAGGAAUCGUUGACAUUGUAAUGGCAAAUGGAGAGGUUGCAACUUCACUAUCAGAUGGGUCUUAUUUCGGAGAAAUAUGUCUUCUUACUAAUGCUAGACGAGUUGCAAGUGUUCGCGCAGAAACUUACUGUAAUUUAUUUUCCUUAAGUGUUGAUCAUUUCAAUGCUGUUCUGGACCAAUAUCCAUUGAUGAGAAAAACAAUGGAGACUGUAGCAGCAGAGAGAUUAAACAAAAUCGGAAAGAAUCCAAAUAUAAUGGCACAUAAAGAAGAAUCAGAAUCAGCAAAUGCAGAAACAAAUCAAAUCAGCGCUGUGGUAAAUGCAUUAGCAGUUGAAGCCGAAAAUAAUUUAAAUAAUCUUAGCGAUGAGAGCGGAAGCUUAAAAAAAGUUCAUUCUGAUCUGAGUUUGACAGAGUUAAAUCAAAGUUUAAGAAUGAGUUUACCUAGGCCAAAGAGUGGUGAAUUUAGAGCACUUUUCGAAGGUAGUCCUUAGGAACACAACAACUCUCUCUGGAAUUGACAAAUACUCAUCUCUAGGAUACAAGUGAGAUAUAUUUAAUAAAUUUUUGGUUUUACAUAAAGUGAUAGUGUUUACUUUUUAAUUUUCUUUGAUUUCAUGUGUUUGCCGUAUGCUUGUAGCAAUUUAAGUAUUACAAGAGAUCAAUUAAUUAAUAGUACAACUUUAGCUAUGGACAAUGUAUCGGAGGAAAUAAAAUGUCAGCAUACAAAAGCACAUGAA